CAUGAAGUUCUCAUCCAAUCAUCAACUUUCAGUUAAUCAGUUGUUUAGUUUAGUAUCUAUUAUUAUCAUCAUCUCAUAUUCAAUAGAUAUGGCUCCGGUCCCAGCAAAGUUCAUCUUCUUUCCAAUCAUUUUCUUCCUCUUGAACUCACUUUCAUUAUCCAAGGCUGAACUCCAAGCAGAUUACUAUGACCAAACAUGUCCACAAUUGGAGAAAAUCAUUGCAGACACUGUUCUCAAUGCUUCAAAGCAUGACCCCAAAGUCCCAGCUCGUAUCUUGAGGAUGUUCUUCCAUGACUGUUUCAUAAGGGGAUGUGAUGCAUCAAUACUUCUGGACUCAACUCCUACUAACAAAGCAGAGAAAGAUGGCCCUCCGAAUAUCUCGGUUCGAUCAUUUUAUGUGAUUGAUGAUGCUAAGGCCAAGCUUGAGAAGGCUUGCCCACACACAGUUUCCUGUGCUGACAUAAUUGCCAUUGCAGCUAGAGAUGUUGUAACCAUGUCUGGAGGUCCAUAUUGGAAGGUACUAAAAGGAAGGAAAGAUGGAAAGGUUUCAAAGGCAUCUGAUACCAGCAACUUACCUGCACCAUUCUUCAAUGUCAGCCAACUCAUUCAAAGCUUUGCUAAGAGAGGUUUAGGAGUGAAAGACAUGGUGACUUUAUCUGGUGGCCACACCCUAGGCUUCUCACAUUGUUCUUCCUUUGCAGCUCGCCUUCGCAAUUUUAGUUCAGUGCAUGACAUUGAUCCACGCAUGAACACCGAGUUUGCAGUAGGCCUAAGAAAGCAGUGCCCAAAGCCAAACAACAAUGGUGAUGCAGGGCAGUUCUUGGACUCAACAGCUUCGGUUUUUGAUAAUGAUUAUUUCAGACAACUGUUGGCAGGAAAAGGUGUGUUCUCUUCCGACCAAUCACUGGUUGAUGAUUCCAGGACUAGAUGGAUUGUUGAAGCAUUUGCCAGAGACCAGAGUUUGUUCUUCAAAGAGUUUGCAACUUCGAUGCUGAAACUUGGAAAUGCAAGAGGUUCUGGAGAUGGAGAAGUGAGACUUAAGUGCAGGUUCAAGAGCUAAGAAAGAGAGAUUCGAGAUCAAUUCUCAUAAUUUUAUUUUAUUUUCAAUCCUUUGCCACCUCUUUUGAUAUUUACAGUAUUGUCAUUAUGAUCUUGUAACUACCCUUACUCAAAUAAAU